AGACGCUUGUCCAGAUUGGCGCAGCUGAAGACCUACCUGAUCUUGUCUACUCAAGUCUGACCAUUUGAGCUCAGCCAGUAGCCUCCUGACUGACUAGUUAAGAUGCAGAAAAGACAAGGGUACUGCAGCUAUUGCCGUGUGCAGUAUCCUAACCUGGAACAGCACUUGUUUAGUGCUCAGCACAGAAGCCUGACCAGACAGAGCCGGCGACGGACAGCUACCAGCAGCACUUUGAUGGAACGCUUCCUGCAGGAUGUGCUUCGACACCACCCAUACAAUUAUCAAGACAACAACGGGUAAGGUACGGCAGGGGCAGGGGCAGCAGCAGCAGCAGCAGCAGCAAAUCCUGAGUCACCUGAAGUGGUCGUUUUGGAUGACUCCGAUGAAAAGGAGGAUGAUACUACAGAGAGCACUGGAGAGCAGAACUCGGAGGAUUCGGAUUCUGUUGAAGAGAUAGAUUGUAGACCUGGUACUUCCCAGGAGUGUGCAGAGGUUGCAGUUCGACCAUCGGUUAUUCAAAGGCUGGAGCGGGGGCAGCAGCAGCCCUUGGAGUUGGCUCAGGAAGUUGAGAGUGGUGUGGAAAGAGUUAAUUCAGUCGGUGUUGAGGCUACAACUAGCGGAAAAGAGUUAGUGCGUCCCCCAGUGAUUUGUAAUGCUCCUGCCAGAGCCUUGCCUAGAGGCUCUGAGAGACCAGUUGCGGCUACCAGUGCUCCUCGGUUAGUACUGGCAGUUGCUUCAGAUUCCUUUCCAGCUUGUGACACAGAAAACCUUGAAACAUACUUUGACUCCCCAGAUCAGGGCACUAGCAAUCCGCCAUCUCAGCCCGAAACUAAAGACCCGAAAAAGAAACCUUUAAACAUAAAUUUAGACAAAUUGCUUGCACAGAAAAAUCUCAGAGCUCAGGGUGCGUCUUUUUCCCCUGUUGUACGAGUUCGUGAGUUAACAGGUGAUGAGCUUUGUUCUGUAAGAGCUGGGCUGUCUUCUGAGGCAGGGGAAGGCACAUCAGGAAACCCCAGUGACACUGACACACUAGCACGAGCGCUUCGUGAAGGUGCCAUUCCAAAGCGUCGGGAGGCAUCUCGUUCAGAGGUGGCUCGUCCCCAAGAAGAGACAUGUUUGGUCUUUAACAGACAGGAGCGCCCAGUGAGUUCUGACAUGACUUUCCAGCAUGGCUCUCUUCAGCUGGUACCUGGUCAUUCCCAAGCUGCAGUACACGACUUACGUUAUCUGGAGGAGGAAGAGGAGGAAGAAGAGGAAGAAGAAGAAGAAGAGGAACCUGAUCAAGAAGAGGAGAGCUAUGAAUCUAGAGGUUCUGACACGAGUUUUGACUCUGAGUCCUCUUGUCAGUCACCGAGUGCCCUAUCUGAACUGACGGCUAGAGAAAUAAAUGGAUCAGAAGAAACACAUGCUGACAAUGUACAGCCUCAGGAUGAAACACCUACUGUUUCUGGAGCAACUUCAGAUAAUGGCAGCAGUUCUCAUCAGGUGCCUACCAACCGUUCUCCAGUGAUUACACAGAACAUACAGCUCAUCAGUCUGGUUGAUGAAAGCUAUGAGUCCAGUGGCUCUGAAGAGAAUUUUGAUGGCGAUGACUCACUUCCGUCAGCUAGUCACUGCCCUCCACAGCCUGUGAGGGCAGCAAGCCUUCGUACACAGAUGGCCAUCCGUUUGGUCGACAGCUACGGAAGCGGCAGCUCUGAAGCAUGUGAAGAUUCUGGGUCCUCAGCUGAUGAGACUCCAGCAGCAGCAGGACAGCAACAACCUUCCAAGAAUGCCCAUGCACACCUGGUUGAUGAGAAUUACGGGUCAAGUAGUUUCAGUUCUGACAGUGAUGCGGCUCCCCAAAUGCCUGUUCGAGAAAGAAGCCCCAGAGACAGAGUUGUCCAACAGGAAAAUGAACAGCAACCCAGUAGUGCUGAAGCACAUCCUGAACGUGAUGGUUCUCUUGAGACAGUGUCUGAUGAAUCCCAGAGAGAAGCAGAAGAAAUAAAUGUUCCGAACCAGAGUACCAGCCGUGGGGAUAUGAACUGUGAGUCUCAUGGUCCUGAAAUGGGUUUUCAUGCUGAUGCUCACUUAGAGGCUGAUCAAUCUCCACUAAAUCCUGAGGAAGUAGAUCUUGACCUAGAAAAUCAGAGUGUUCACUCUGGCAUUUCUAACCUAAGUUCUGAUUCCCGUGCUUCUUAUCAGUCAGCUAAUGAUCAACCUCAAGGGGCUUGGGGUGAAGUAAAUCUUGAUGAGUUAAAUGUCGACAUGGAAGUUAAGAGCAAUGGGUGCUCCAGUUCUGAGUUGACAUUUGAUUCCGAUUCCCCUCUUCUGUCAGUUACUGAGCGGUCUCUGCUGGAUGUUGAAGGAAUAAACGAAGAUGACUUUAACCUGGAAGAUGAAAGCUGUGUGUCAAGUAGUUCUGACAUAACUUUUGAUUCUGAUAUUCCCGAUGACUCAGUAGCUGACCAACCUCAAGUAGCUGUUUAUGAGGAGGAACCUGUUGAUCUGGAAAAUAAGAGUAAUGCAUCUUGUGUUUCCGAAAUAACAUAUGAUUCUGAUAUUCCUCUUCAUUCAGGAAAUGAUCACCCUGAAGUAGCUGUUAAAGAAGUAAUCAUUCAGGAAGAAGAAAACGUUCAUUUAGAAGGGAAGAAUGACAGUCCCAGUGGUUCUGAAAUAUGUUUGGAUUCUAAUGCCCCUCUUCAUUCAGUGACUAAUUCUGAUGUAGCUGUUGAAAAGAUAAAUUCCCCUAACGAAGAGCAGGUACACACAGAACAAAAGGAAAAUGAACCUACUGAUUCUGAACUAGACACUCUUAACUCAAACCCUGGACGUUCUGAAGAUCCUAUUAUAGUAUGUGAUUCUGAAACAAAAUUGGAUUCUCAUAUCCCCUUUCAGUCAGUUAUUCGCAAAUGUGAAGUAAUUGUCAAAAAUGUAUGCCCUCCAAAAGAAAAGCAUGCUCAAUUGCCAAGUCAAAGCACGGAGUCUCAUUCUGAAAUCAAUUCAGCUUCUUCUUCUGCUCCUCAAGCAGUGACAGAACCUUACGUAGGUAAGAAAGCCAAGAGAAAGACAAAGCAUCUUGAGGAAGUCAAGAGCGAUGAUGAAUAUGACUGUCCACCAACUUUCCAUUCUGAUGGUUUGCCUCAGUUAAUGACUGAAAAACCUCAACCAGCUGCUUUGAAAGAGGGCCAUGCUGACCCAAAGGAUGAGAGCACUGAAGCCAGUCUGAAUACUGCUGGUUGUCUUGAUUCAGUCAUUAGCCAACCUCAGCCAGCCGAGAAGGAAGACCAUGUUGAACUGGAAGACACAAACAGCCAACCCAGUGAUUCUAAAGCAAGUGUUGAUUCUACUGGCCACUGUCAGUCACCACCUAAAGACGAUGUGAUCACAAAAAUGAGCCAGUGGAAAAACGAGGCAAAGGACCUUGAAAAGAAGAUCAGUGAACUUAUUUAUUCAAAACUAAUGCAUGAUUCUAGUGUUUCUUUUCGUUCUGCAAUGGAUCACCUUGAACUAGCUCUUAAACAAAUAAAUCUUGAUAGUAAUGAUCAAUUGCCCUCAGAAGAUAACAGCCAGGAUGCCAGUUCUGAAACAAAUUUGCACUCUGAUUUGUCAGUCCAGUCAGUAGUUGGAGCACCUGAAAUAACUGUUUUAGAGCCUGAACACGUUGAACUUGAAGGUAGGAAUAACGAGUCUUGUGAUUCUAAUGACUCUGUCCAAUCAAAGGCUGAUCAGCGUAGUGACAGUGAGGAAAACCAAAGUCAGAAGGAUAAAGAGGACACGGAGGGUAAGAAGGAUGAGGUGCAGGGUUUGGGAAAUACAUGUGUUUCCAAUGUCCCUCAGCCAUUGGCUGGCCAAACUGAAGUUGAAGUAGUUCAGGAGAUCAGCCAUUGGAAGGAGCAGGGGGAUUUGGAAGAUACAAUUGGUGAAUCUAGUGACUCACAAAUCAACUUACAUUCUGAUGAACCACUUCAGUCUGUGACUAAUACAACCCAAGAGCCUGCUGAAGAAAUACAUUUACUGAGGGAACAUGUUAGACCACAUGACAGUGACUGUGAGCCCUGUGGCUCUGAAAUAGUGGCUAUUUCAAAUGUCAUUUUUUGCUCAGUGACUCGGAAACCACAGUGUUUGCAAAAAGAGUGUGCCAGUUCGGAAGUAAAGAGCAGCAGUCCUUGUGGUCCUGAGGUGAGUGUUGAUUCCCAUGACGGUCCUGAAACGAAUUUGGAUUCCAGUGAUCCUUGUCAGUCAGUAGCAGGCCAUCUUCAGAAAACUGUCAAGGAAAUGACUCUGAAGGAAGACCAUAUUUACCUGGAAGAUAAGAGCUACAGGCUAGUUGAUUUUGAACCAACUUACUAUCCUGAUGAUCCUGUUCAGUUGGUGACAUAUCCAUCUGUGGAGGAUGCGUCUAUCACAGAAGUAAACUUGCAAAGAGAGACUCAUAAUGACCUAGAAAAUGAGACCUUCCAGCCAUGUUGUUCUGAAGUAACAUGCAGUUCUGGUGUUCAUCUACAGUCAGAAGUUGACCCACCUCAAGUGGCUUGCACAGUAGCAGAUCUUGAGAAGAAAGAGCUUGACAUAGAAGAAAAGUACAACGAAUCUUGUGAGCCAGAAGUGCUGUAUGAUUCUGACGUCUCUUUUCAGAUAGUAGUUAACCAGCUUCAAACAGCAGAUGAUGGAGAAACAGAUUCACCACAGGUGGUGUUUGUGGAUGUUGUGUCCAGUGAUAGUGAUUGUGACCGGGAAGUAAUUUCUGAUUCAAAUAUCCCUCUUCAGCUAGAAACUGAGCCACCUCAGUUGACUGUUAGAGAAACCAAUGAGAUAAACACAGAUUCUGUUGAUUCUGCAGCAAUAGAAAAGUACUAUUGCAAAUUCUGUGGUUGUGAUUAUGGAGCCUCUCAGUCAGUGACAAAUCAAUCCAAGGAAAGUUUCAAAAUAAUAAAUCGGAAGAAUGACUACAUUAUUCUGGGAGAUUCCACUUGUUCAUCUUGUGGUCAUGAACUCAAUUUCAAUGUUGAUGCCUCUGAACAGCCCAGUACCUGCCAGUUACAAGGGCCUGAUGGUAACUGUAUUGUCCCAGAAGUUAAGAACUAUGACUCUAAUUGUCCUGAUGCCUCUGAACAGCCCAGUACCUGCCAGUUACAAGGGCCUGAUGGUAAUUGUAUUGUCCCAGAAGUUAAGAACUAUGACUCUAAUUGUCAUGAUGCCUCUGAACAGCCCACUACCUGCCAGUUACAAGGAACUGAUCGUAGUUCUGUUGUCCCAGAAGUUAAGAAGAAUGGCUCUAAUCGUCAUAAAAGACGUUUCACUUCGGAAGAUACUGUCAAAAGCGUCAGUCCUUGGGAAGAGCCAAGAAGUGUUGCCUGUCGAGACAGCAACUGGGAAUCUAGCAGUUUUGCACCAGGCCCUCCUCUCUGUCCUAUGUCAGUGAUGAGCCGGACAACUGUGAUGCACAUCCCUUUGAAGAUACCAGAUGAGGAUCUAGAAACUUCUCCAUCUGACCUGCGUUUUUACUCUGAUUCUGACACUGAUGAACCUCAACCUGCCAAGAAAGCACGUUCCAGUAAGAAGAUAACUUUUGACAUGAAAGUAACUAAGUAUGAAUAUGAAGACUUUGAGGAAAUGGAAGGAAUGGAAGAGUUUGCAGAACUAUUUUUUCAAGUGCCACCUCAGGUUCCUCCAUUGGUUGUUGUAACACCUCGGUGUCAGAUGAGCGAAACUCCAUUGGUUGUUGAAACACCUCGGUGUCAGAUGAGUGAAACUCCAUUGGUUGUUGAAACACCUCGGUGUCAGAUGAGUGAAUCUCCAUUGGUUGUUGUAACACCUCGGUGUCAGAUGAGUGAAACUCCAUUGGUUGUUGAAACACCUCGGUGUCAGAUGAGCGAAACUCCAUUGGUUGUUGUAACACCUCGGUGUCAGAUGAGGGAAGCACCGUUGGUUGUUGAAACACCUCGGUCUCAGAUGAGCGAAACUCCAUUGGUUGUUGAAACACCUCGGUCUCAGAUGAGCGAAACUCCGUUGGUUGUUGAAGCACCUCGGUGUCAGAUGAGUGAAGCACGAUCAGUUGUUGGAACAACUUGGUCUCAGAUGAGCGAAAUUCCAUUGGUUGUUGAAACACCUCGGUCUCAGAUGAGCGAAACUCCAUUGGUUGUUGAAGCACCUCAGUCUCAGAUGAGUGAAACUCCGUUGGUGGUUGAAACACCUCGGUGUCAGAUGAGUGAAGCACGAUCAGUUGUUGGAACAACUUGGUCUCAGAUGAGCGAAAUUCCAUUGGUUGUUGAAACACCUCGGUGUCAGAUGAGUGAAGCACGAUCAGUUGUUGGAACAACUUGGUCUCAGAUGAGCGAAAUUCCAUUGGUUGUUGAAACACCUCGGUCUCAGAUGAGCGAAACUCCGUUGGUUGUUGAAACACCUCGGUGUCAGAUGAGUGAAGCACGAUCAGUUGUUGGAACAACUCGGUCUCAGUUGAGUGAAACUCCGUUGGUUGUUGAAGCACCUCGGUGUCAGAUGAGUGAAGCACGAUCAGUUGUUGGAACAACUUGGUCUCAGUUGAGAGAAAUUCCAUUGGUUGUUGAAGCACCUCAGUGUCAGAUGAGCAAAGCACGAUCAGUUGUUGGAACAACUCGGUCUCAGAUGAGCAAAGCACGAUCAGUUGUUGGCACACCUCGGUCUCAGAUGAGCGAAACUCCGUUGGUUGUUGAAACACCUCGGUGUCAGAUGAGUGAAACUCCAUUGGUUGUUGAAGCACCUCGGUGUCAGAUGAGCAAAGCACGAUCAGUUGUUGGAACAACUCGGACUCAGAUGAGUGAAACUCCAUUGGUUGUUGAAACACCUUGGUGUCAGAUGAGUGAAGCACGAUCAGUUGUUGGAAUAACUCGGUCUCAGAUGAGCGAAACUCCGUUGGUGGUUGAAACACCUCGGUGUCAGAUGAGUGAAGCACGAUCAGUUGUUGGAACAACUCGGUCUCAGAUGAGUGAAAUUCCAUUGGUUGUUGAAGCACCUCGGUCUCAGAUGAGCGAAACUCCGUUGGUUGUUGAAACACCUCGGUGUCAGAUGAGCAAAGCACGAUCAGUUGUUGGAACAACUCGGUCUCAGAUGAGCAAAGCACGAUCAGUUGUUGGAACACCUCGGUGUCAGAUGAGCGAAACCCCGUUGGUUGUUGAAACACCUUGGUGUCAGAUGAGUGAAACUCCGUUGGUUGUUGAAACACCUCGUUGUCAGAUGAGCAAAGCACGAUCAGUUGUUGGAACAACUCGGUCUCAGAUGAGCAAAGCACGAUCAGUUGUUGGAACACCUCGGUGUCAGAUGAGUGAAACACCGUUGGUUGUUGAAACACCUCGGUGUCAGAUGAGUGAAACUCCGUUGGUUGUUGAAACACCUCGGUGUCAGAUGAGCAAAGCACGAUCAGUUGUUGGAACAACUCGGUCUCAGUUGAGCGAAACUCCGUUGGUUGUUGAAGCACCUUGGUGUGAGAUGAGCAAAGCACGAUCAGUUGUUGGAACAACUCGGUCUCAGAUGAGCAAAGCACGAUCAGUUGUUGGAAAAACUCGGUCUCAGACGAGGAAAAAUAAGGUGAAAAGCAACGCACAGGAAUCUCAAGGUCAUCUCUCCAGUUGCUCUGAGACCAAGAAAGUUCUUCUGGGUGCAAAAGAAAAGACUGCCUGCUCUGACAAUAACCAGAACACCACAUCAGUUCACGCACUGCCACAUCUUGAAUUUAUUAAAGGUAAAGUUGGAGACACCAAUGACGUCUCAGUGGCUGUAGGUAAACCAUCUUGCUCCCUAGCAGAGGGGCUCCAUCAGCAACAUGGGCAUGUGGCUUCUGAGAACCAGGUAGAAGGAGUCAGAUGUGGAACUCAAGCAAGGUCUGGGAAGAAAAGAAAAAUGGCAGGACAAGAACGAUUAACAAAAGGGAAGCAUUCCCAACCUGACAGCCAGAAAAAGAAAACCCAAACUAAGAAAACAGAGUUACCCAAACCACAAACUAAAGCUUUGGAGCUUGGACAGCCCGAGUCCUUAGUCUCUAUUUUUUCUUCUCUAAGUAUGAAGGAAAAUCAGUCUUUGAAACCACCUAAAACAAAGCCUGGCAGGCAGAGGGAUUUACGAUUCACAUACAGUUGUAAAAAGCACAGCGCUCCUAGCCCAGCACAUAAGAAACCUGUGACUAAUCCUCCACAGACCCCAGCGGUAGCAGACCGUGACAAACACCACGAGGUAGCUGGCAGUGGUGUCAGCAAGACUGACCCAAAGCCCAGUGCAGGAGAGAGUGGUGCCGACAGACCAAGCCCAAGCCCAGGUGUGGCUUCAAGAGCCAUUCUGGCAAUGCCGAAGAAAAGAAUCGUGUUCAGGAUCCUUGGGGCCAGCCAGUCUUCACCUCCAGAAAAUUCAGGUGUGGGUGCUCCUGCAGUUCCAAAGGAUAACAAUUUCCAGCAAACUCUUUCAAAUCGUGACAGUGCCAGAAUUAUUCCCAAAUUAAUUCUAAAGGAGGUUAUAGACAGUAAAAAUCAAAAGAAAUUUUGGAAAAAGAAGAUGGCCGCUACACAUCAAUCAAGCUUACUCAAGAACACUUACAAAACAGUGGCUGUCCGGAAAAGAACAAAAUUUUCAGAAAAAAUGGCUCUUUGGGUUCAGCUGCUAGCAACCGACAUCGUUAGGAAGUAUGUUGGUGGAUGCCGUAGUUUUACACGCCGGAGGCGUCAGUCAAAGACUGUUUUUAUUCGAAUGCAGCUGAGGAAGAAGAAGAUUGUCGCCAGGAAGAUAAAGAAGGCCAAGAGAGCAGCAGCUGAAGCGCGUGCGCUUGCGCGUGCGCGUGCGCGCUCGCGCCUCUGCGUCAUCUCAGUUGUCCCAGCUGUUCCUGAAGAGCCGUCCUGCAGCAGCGCUGCAGGGCCUGCAGUGCUGCCUGCUGUCCCGAAUGCUGCGAAUGCUGCGGGGGUAAAGCGCUACCGGAAAACCUACUACCGAAGGAAGAAGAAGAAGCUGCUUCCUGUGAGAGAGUAUGACCUGAGAAGCUCAAGUUCCACAUCAAACGGGAGGGUGACACGUCUCACAAGCAGAUCGAGAAGCAGUGAGGCAAAAUAAAAGCGCAUAUCGUAGCUGAUGGAGAGAUCCGUCCUCACUUGGACGGAACACAUUCGGACUUGAGUGAACGUACUUUUCCCAGCUUUGUUGGGGAAACUGACCUUACACUAUCCUUACACUAUUUUGCUACAGAUAUUAUUUUUCAGAGAUUUUAUAUUCAUUUAAGAUUAGUGUUUAGGGUCCUUUUUUUUCUUUUAAAGGUUUAAAAGCAAACUUUGUCCCGUUUCUGUAGAAGAGCUUCAUCUUAAUUUGUCUUAUAAUUUAGCAUAGAAUUUUGUCCCUUAAAUCAUGUCCACAUUCAUUUCCUCUGGAAAUCUUUCGUGCCAAAAAGUUAUAACACUGGGAGAAUGAACAUAGCAAACUUAUUAAUGUCAUCUUAAACAAUUGGACAGACGUCUUUACUGAAUUACCACGCUUACAAGUUGAAUCGUCAAUAAGUAUUCUAACUGGAUGAAUAAAAAGAGCGACAUUGUGCUGUCUGAGUUUUCGACUA